UACUUCACAGUUGAUCUCUGUCCGAGGCAGAGGCGCAGGCUUCAACUCCUCUCCUCAGCCUCUCUGCCUCUCCCACUGUCCUUCUCUCUGUCUAGCUUCUCCCUCAGUCCCCGUGUGCUUAGCACACGAGCCCACUAGAGUGGAGGGAGCCAUGGCUUUGAAAACAUUAUUCCUCCUGUUCCAGCUUUGCUCCACAUGGAACGUUUUACUAGCAAAAGAGAACGGUGGAUUUCAUUCAGAUUGCCCUGUUGAUCUAUUCUUUGUGCUGGACACAUCUGAGAGUGUCGCUUUAAGACUUCAGCCCUAUGGGUCCCUUGUAGAUCUUGUCAAGAAGUUCACCAUAAAUUUCGUGGACAAGCUACAGGACUGGUACUACCGAUGUGACCAGAUACUGCAGUGGAAUGUUGGAGCACUACACUACAGCGACGUAGUGAAGAAGAUCCAACCUCUCAGUUUUAUGAGCGCGGCUGGAAAGUCAGAGAUGAUUCAGAACGUUAAACAAUUGACUUACAUUGGCAAAGGCACAUUCACAGACUGCGCCAUACGGGAAGGAAGUGAAGAACUUCUGCUGGGUGGCUCUCACCACCCGGAGAACAAGUACAUGGUUGUGGUGACAGAUGGACAUCCAAUUGAAGGAUACAAGGAGCCAUGUGGAGGGUUGGACAGUGCAGCGUCCGAUGCAAAGAGCCAGGAGAUAAAGAUAUUUUCAGUGGCCAUCACACCAGAUCACGUAGAAGCGAGACUGAAUCUGAUUGCUACUGAUGUCCGAUAUCGACGUAACUACACAGCAACAACUGACAAUGAGGUGGAAUUAAACAAAACAAUUGACAGCAUUCUUCAAACUAUUUAUGGUGAAGUGGAACCAGUGUGUUGCUCCUUUGAGUGCCAGGCAGCAAGAGGAUCACCUGGGAACCCUGGGGAUUCAGGAGAAAAGGGUUCAGAUGGACGUCGAGGCCCUCAUGGCCCUAUUGGCCCACCUGGACCUAUGGGUAAACCUGGUGAUGUUGGACCGGCUGGUCAUCCGGGUAUGAAGGGUGACAAAGGAGAACGCGGUCCAAAGGGUGACAGAGGACACAAAGGAUUCAAGGGUGCAAAGGGCUUCCCUGGCAGAGAUGGUAAAGAUGGCCUGAAGGGUGAGCCUGGGUAUGCUGGUCUACCAGGCUGCAUUGGAUCUCCAGGAUCUCCUGGUCCACCAGGACUACAAGGCCUUAAAGGAGAUCCAGGUCCAUUUGGAAAUAAAGGACAAAAGGGUGAAUCCGGCUUAGAUGGAGAACCAGGACGACCUGGACCUGUUGGGAGACCGGGAGAUAAGGGAAAUCCUGGUCCCAGAGGAAGUAACGGAGAUCCCGGGGAGAGAGGUGAUGAUGGACCUCCAGGAAAUGACGGAGAAGGUGGUGAGCAGGGUCCUCCCGGUGAAUCAGGACUGCCAGGACCUCCAGGUCUAAGAGGAGUUAGGGGACCUAAGGGAGAUGUUGGUCCUGAUGGUCAACCAGGACAUGAAGGUCCUCCUGGAAUUAGUGGCGAGCCGGGAGAGCCUGGCCGACCAGGACCUAGGGGAUUUAAAGGCGAUAUGGGACGUCCAGGACAAGAGGGAGCCAGGGGACCCAGAGGUCCAAAGGGCUACCCAGGUGAUCCAGGCCCAAUGGGUAACAUGGGAGAAAUUGGUAGCCCUGGCAACGGGACCACGGGACCACCUGGAUUACCCGGUAUCCCCGGCAUACAAGGAAACCCAGGACCAAAUGGAACAAGAGGCUUCCCAGGACCAAAAGGUGACGAUGGGGAACCCGGAGAUUCUGGUGUUGAUAAUGAUGUUCCAGGUGAAAAAGGUCGUAAAGGGGCCAAAGGUUACAGAGGAGCAGAGGGGAAAGCGGGACCUCCCGGACCCCCAGGACCACCAGGACCUUCUGAGUGUGAAAUAUUGGACAUCAUCAAGCGCAUGUGUUCUUGCUGUGAGUGCAAGUGUGGGCCCAUUGACCUCCUGUUCAUAGUGGACAGCUCGGAGAGUAUCGGGAACGAAAACUUCGCUCUAGCCAAGCAAUUUAUAAUCACGGUGAUCGAAAGGCUAAGCAGGGAUGAAAAAAUCAGGUUUGAUGGCAAGGAGUCCAACAUUGGAGUUGUCCAGUACAGUCAUGCGGGAACUGAGGAGCUGGUCUCAAUGGCCAAUCCCAACAUUAACACUCUACCGGAGCUAAAAGUUGCAAUCAAGAAUCUCAAAUGGAUUGCUGGAGGAACAUUUACAGGGACAGCGCUGGACUGGUCGAAGACUGCUUUUGGGAGAUCACUUAACCAAGCACGGGUUGUCCUGGUCCUCACUGAUGGGCGGACAGACCUUUUGAGAGAUCCCAAGUCAUUGUCAUCGCUCUGUAAUGAAGCUAACGUUGUCUCAGUUGGUGUGAGUGAUAUUUUCCAGAAUGCACCAGCCUCUGAAAGCCUAAAGCAGAUUGCUUGCGAAACGUCUUCAAAUCCUGGGUUAAGCUUGCAUCGAGACACCUUCAUGGAGCUGCUGGAGGAUGCCUUCCUUGAAAAUGUAACUCAAUUCAUCUGCAAAGAAAAGAAUUGCCCAGACUAUUCUUGCCCCAUUCAAUUCAACGUGUCAACAGACAUCACCUUUGUAGUUGACAGUUCCACCAGCGUAGGGAGCAAGAACUUUGAGACCACCAAGACUUUCGUUAAGCGGCUGGCAGAGCGGUUCCUAGAGGCCAAGGUCAAACCUGGCGCCUCGGUGCGCCUCGCCCUGAUGCAGUACAGCAAAAACCAGGUCCUAGAGGCGCAAUUCUCUGAUAACUACAGUGAUGUUGCAGAGAGGAUUGAGCAGAUGGAGUUCAUGAAUGAUGCGACGGAUGUUGCAGCUGCCCUGAGUCGCGUGAUUGCAAACUACCAGACCAACAGCCAGAAUGCCAACAGGAAGAUCCUCAUGUUCAGUGAUGGCAGAUCCCAGGGAGAUCUGGUGCACACCAUAGAACAGCAGGCGCAAGCAGCAAAAGUGGCUAAUGUGGACGUGUAUGUCAUUGCUGUAGGUGACCAGGUUCACGAAAACAAUCUGCGGGCUUUGGUAGCUGGCAAGGCAAUUGACUAUGAUAUAGAUCACGGCGCUCGCCAUCUCUUCCGGGUGAAGGACUACCCCACCCUUUUGAAAGGUGUAUUUUACCAAACGAUUAGCAAACAAAUGUCUCUUAAAUAACAGUGAAGAAAUUCUUAAGCCCUCUAAACUCUUCUAUUUUAUGCAUUUUGAUAAAGUGGUUACUAUCUUUGGGAAUUUGCUCUCUUAGGAUUUGUAUUUACUUUACAAAGAGAAUUUGCUUUCUAGAAUUCUACAUCCCCUACCACUGUCUACUUACCAUUCAAGAUUUCACCCACGUGUACUCCUCUUGCCCUUAUAGGCCCCAUACCCCCAUCUAUUCUCUUCUGACUGGGAGUGUGGGUAGACCUUGCCUUUUCAUUGUGGCUCCAUGCACAGCCAGCAAAAAGCAUACUUUCCCUAAGUUAAGGUGAGUCAAGGCGGUUUUCUCUGCAUGUUCCACUUAGUACUCAAAAGAGCUGCCUUUGUAUUGCUUAGAAAUAACCACGAGGAUAGAAAUUGCCCGUUGUUACAACCAUUUUCUGGGCCUAACACCUUUUCCGAAGGUGAACUGACCAAUUUUGUAGUACAAUUUGAAGGCCUGGAAAAUGCCACAUUGGUUUGGGCUGAUUUUCCUGCUUCUGGGAGCUAAAGUGGGUGUUCAUCCCUUUGCAUGUGCCAAUGAGGAAGGGCCUAAGGCAUGUUUUAGAACUUUGCUGCACAGAGCCCUUGAGCAUUGGGCCUGCUCGGCUCAAGUUCUCUUGGCAUAGAUGGGAACGCGUAAAUGGCUGUCACCGAAAAGGUAAGUUCACAGCGCUCUUGCCGGUCACAAUUGGUAGCCCCCACCCCAUUAUCCUACCCCCACCACGUGGCUUACCUGAGGGUAGCUGCUGGUGAGGCAUUUUGCCUGCACAGUGGCAAACAGCCUCUAGAGGCAUGACAGGCCUGAGGCCCAAUUAUGGUGGGGCCAUGGGGCCUCCCAGCCUGUCUUGCUCCUGAUGUGUUCCUGUGCCUCGAUUCAACCUCUAAAUAAUUGCUAUGCCCUUGUUGAGUGCAUGUGAAGCAGAUCAGAAGACCUACCUUGCUAAACACAGCUGCAACUUUUAGAAAAACCAUUUCAUUCUUGGCUAUUCACUCCCUUUUGCUGCCUUUGUUGGGGCUGAAAUGAAAGAAGCGGGACUCAAUAGUGAAUUCUAUUCCCAGCUGGCCCCAUACUCAUUGGUAUCCCUUGAUAAAGUAUUCUGUGCAUAUCAUAAUAGUUGGAGUGAAUUCCUUUGAGCAAUUCCUUCUAAAAUUCCACUACAGCAUGUAGUCAACUGUUAACUUACAGAAUGGGCCAAUAGCACUGCACUGACACCUGUCAUACAAAAUAAGCAUCCCAACAGUUAUUCCACUAGAUCACUGUGGAUCUGCAUUGUACUGCAGCCUUGUGACAAAACACUGUUUGAAAAUGUUCCCGUGACGUCCAUAAAAUUCAACCCAAGCCUUGGACUGCAUUUGAGGACAUUAAUGGUCAGAUUUUCCACCAGCCAGUGAGUGCAGGUCAUGUGAUUCAUAAGUUCAGGCCACAGGACCUUAAGGCUAUUUGUGCUUUAUUGGCUGCAGAACUCAAAGCUUUGAAUAAGGAAGUUGGAAGGACAUUUUGUAAUUAAGCAAUUAGUUGUUUAUAGCCCAGCUAAAUAUUUAAAAUGUCAGUACCCAACAGACAGUACAAUUGCAGUUUAACUCAUCCUCCUAAAAUGAUUCUUGUUGAUAAUGAAUUGGAAUUAAACAUUUGAGAGAAACAGACUGACUCUGCUUUGUUUAUGUGCAAUAAUACCUGCUGUUUAUGUCCAGAUGUGGAAUAAGCACCAGGAAAGGCCAUUAAAACAGGGAGUUAUGGAUGAGGUCAAGGGAAAAUUGGAUGUCUAUAAAUGGGAAUCGAGAGCCAAUUGGAUGCCCUUCUGAGGGGAGAAGGGAUUGAAGUAUACAAUGCAAAGGGGGCUCGUUGGUGUUGAUUUACAGAAAGGGGACAGGCUUUUUGGGUCUGGCAAUAAUUUCCACAUGUUCUUGUAUUAAUGUGCUUCAGAACCAAAAGUUUGACAGAUCUUGCCAUUGCUUCUGUAAAGUAGGUACAGAUUUGCGUGGUGCCAUCACUAUUGCAUAGUACAUGGCUGUGAUCGUUUCCUCACCCCCUAUGGUUUGCUGUGAAAGAUCGUGAUCGAAAAUGCCUUUACCGAAAGAAAGCGUUACUCAGUAGAUUAUUUAAGAUUUCUGUACUAUGAAGAUAAGGGAUGACAAAAAAUGGAUUCUUGGUGGACGUUUUAUAACAUAGGGAAUGAUUCUAGGAGAAUGUUUCGGAAGCUGCAUUCAUGCUGAGACUUAAUACCAUUCAACUUUUUCUUUCAAUGUAUAAACUGUGUUAUGAUCAACAAGUAACCAUUUUGAAUGUAAAUAAAAAAGUUACUUUAAAGUAAUCUUAUACUGGUGCUACAAGCAUAGAGGGUGAUCUAGAAGAAACGUACAACACAAGUCAUUUUUCGGACCGUGUGAGAGAUAAAAAUUUGCUUUAAUCUAUUUGUAUUUUGCAGAACACAUUUUGUACUUGUAAAAUAUAGACGUUUUUUAAUUGAUCUGUACCAUGUUUGCAGUUGCAUUUGUAAUGACACAGGGUCAUAUAUGGAUUAGGUCAUCAGUACUUAAUAAAAGGUUUUCACGUUCACGAA